CGGAGGACCAAUCCUCCCCAUCCCGACCGACCGCGGUAGCGGUAGCAAAGCAGCAGUUGACGCCGCCCCACCUCCUCCCCGCCCGCCUCGCCCCGCCGCCGCCGCGUCCGAUCGCAAGCCUCCACCUCGCCCUCCGCUUGCUGCCGGUCUUCCAUCCACCUUCUGCGCGACGAAUCGGCGGCGGCGGCGGCUAUAUCGGCGGCGCGUCGCUGCCCGCCAUGGAGGCGUACAAGCUCUGGGUGCGCAGGAACCGGGACCUCGUCCGCUCCCUCGAGUCCCUCGCCAACGGGCUCACUUGGAUACUACCUGAGCGCUUUGCCAACUCAGAGAUCGCGCCAGAAGCAGUAUAUUCGCUAUUGGGUAUUGUGAGUUCUGUCAACCAGCACAUAAUUGAUGCGCCCACCGAAAACCACGCAUUUGCCUCAAAGGAGCAAUCUAUCCCAUGGGGUCUUGUUGUCUCUGUACUAAAGGAUGUGGAGGCAGUUGUUGAGGUUGCUGCCCAGCACUUUGUUGGUGAUGAUCGCAAGUGGAGCUUCCUUGCUGUUACAGAAGCAGUGAAAGCAGGUGUCAGGUUAGCCGCUUUUCGGGAGAGUGGAUACAAGAUGCUCUUACAAGGAGGGGAGGUGGCAAAUGAAGAAGAGGUGACCGUUCUUGAAGAUAAUUAUGGAGUAAAUGGUAAUGGAGUUCCAGUCAUCUAUCCGAUGAAUGGGCAUUCCCAAAAUGGUCACAAAGCUGUGACCAACGGUCUGGAUGGAAAAAAUGAAUUUGUAUCUAAGAGUCUCGAGAGAAGAGCAGUAGCUGCUUUGAACAAGUUUGGUGAGAAUGCAAAGAUGAUGUCUGAUCCUAUGUGGAUGAGGAGGCUCCAACCUGCGCCCGAGCCAACUGUCUCAGUUGUCGAGAAGCCAACUUUGGCAAGUAUUUGGUCUGCUAAAGGGGGUACUGGGCGCUUAUUUGUUUUAGGGGAGGUUGUUCACAUAUUCAGGCCACUUGUUUAUGUACUUCUAAUCAGAAAGUUUGGAAUCAGAUCAUGGACCCCCUGGUUAGUGUCGCUAGCUGUGGAACUGACAAGUCUUGGCUUCCAUUCACAUGCGACUGAUCUAAAUCAUAGGGGAGGGAAAGUGCAUCAGCUCUCCUCAGCUGAGAGGGAUGAGUUGAGGAGGAGAAAGAUGAUGUGGGCCCUUUAUGUGAUGAGAGAUCCUUUCUUUGCCAGUUAUACCAAGCGUCAUCUCCAGAAGGCUGAACAGGUGCUGAAUCCGGUGCCAUUGAUUGGUUUCCUUACAGGUAUGUAUGUCUUUCAUGCCUUUGAUGUAUUUGUAUUCCGUAAAAACAUGCUACAACAAGCUUUUCUUGCUUGAUACAUCGCAGGUAAACUUGUAGAGCUACUGGAAGGGGUUCAGACAAGAUAUACAUACACGUCAGGUUCAUAGAGAUGGCAGGAUAGAUGUCUGAGCUUGGUUCCUGAUUUGGAGGACCUUCUUGCUUCGUGUGAGUUGGUGGAUGGGUUAUGUUUUACUGGCCUAAAACGUGUGCCCAGACCUGCAUUCCCAUUUCCUCGGCAGGUGUGGCAUUGUUGUCCUUAUGAGUUAUGACAUAUAUGAGGCUGCUAAGCUGCGGCCACUUUCAUCCAUAUUGGCAGAUGAGAACUAAGAAUCCAAGUAUAUAAUUCUAAUGCGGAUGUAAUGCUAAGAACCGGCACUAUAUCUGGAACGCAUCAUGCAUGAGCUAAUGGAAAGUGGAAAAGAAUGUUUGAUUAUAUUUA